UUUGCUUCCCUUCAUCCGCUUCCAUCCACGGCCGGCGGAGCCUGCGGGGGUUACCUCUCCCGCCGCCCGAGGAGAACGGAGACCGCGAUGCCGGCCGUGCCGAAACUGGCAGAGCCAUACGAGCCGAGGCCGCGGAGCUGGACCCUGUCGCUUUCCUCCCAUCCUCCCAGGAGCAGGCUCGGGGCAGCCGCGGGAGGCCCAGAAGCACGGCCUGCAGGCUGCAGCGAGGGCCAGUGGAGCGAUCGGAGGGGUGUCUGGGACGCGGGGUUCGGACCUGUUGCUGGGCCCCGGGACCUGCAGGAUCAAGGGGAGAAGGAGAACCCCAUGCGGGAACUUCGCAUCCGCAAGCUCUGCCUCAACAUCUGCGUGGGGGAGAGUGGAGACAGGCUGACCCGGGCAGCCAAGGUGCUGGAGCAGCUCACAGGCCAGACCCCUGUGUUCUCCAAAGCUAGAUACACCGUCAGAUCCUUUGGCAUCAGAAGAAAUGAAAAAAUUGCCGUCCAUUGCACAGUCCGUGGGGCCAAGGCAGAAGAAAUCCUGGAGAAAGGUCUGAAGGUGCGAGAGUAUGAGUUAAGAAAAAAUAACUUCUCGGACACUGGCAACUUUGGCUUUGGAAUCCAAGAACACAUCGAUCUGGGGAUCAAAUAUGACCCAAGCAUUGGUAUCUACGGCCUGGACUUCUAUGUGGUGCUGGGUAGGCCAGGUUUCAGCAUCGCAGACAAGAAGCGCAGGACAGGCUGCAUUGGGGCCAAACACAGAAUCAGCAAAGAGGAGGCCAUGCGCUGGUUCCAGCAGAAGUAUGAUGGGAUCAUCCUUCCUGGCAAGUAAAUUCCCGUUCCUAUCCAAAAGGCUAAUAAAAAGUUUUCAGUGAAAUGUACAAUUACUGUUGUGUGUUCUGUGAAAGGAGCCUGGCCAUAUUCAAGUCCUUGGACCUCAAGCCACUUAAAGCUUCGAUGGGAGUAGCUGGUAACAACCCUGUCACCCCUGAUUGGAUGCCAGUGUUUCCUGGCAGAUCCAAACCUGAGAACUUCCGCAGCACUGUCUGUGCUCACCACACCCUUGUUGACAGGCUGUGGUGCAGUGACCCCGUGGAAACUGACUGUAGAGGGGAGGGAGUGGUUGGGGCUGGGUUUGAAUUUAGAGCCUUGAUUAAAGUGGGGUGCAGGGCUCCCCUCUGUUCAGCAAUUCUGCUCUUCAUUAGAGGUUUUACCAGCAACGAUGUAUGAAAGGAUCAGAGGCUUUGGUGUGGUGCUUGGGAUUAAAUAUUGGACUCAGUUUUCCUUUAAAAUGAGAAUCUAGAGUUGAUGAGACUGUAAGUAGAGAAAGGGAGUGGUCUUUGAGACACAUUGCAUGGAUGUGAUUCCUCGCCCUGCAUUUUAUUAGCUGUGUUUAAAUCUGCCUCAGCUUCCCCGUGUGUAUCGUGAAGGCAAUAAUGGUUAUAUCCCUCAGGAUUAAACGGUUUGAUACUUGUAGGAUGCUUAAACAUGUACCAGGCACAAAGUGCUCAAAAGGGAUUAAUUUUGUGUUAUCAUCUGUGAGAAAUGUUACUCUUAACCAGUUUGCUCCCCCUUUGGUGUGAAAGUGGAACGUGUCUUGCCUGUACUUUACCAGGUCACUGAAGCAGUGACAUUCAAAAGCCACCAUUUCUCUAUUGGACACAAUACUUGGCCAGUGGUUCAUAGUUUAAAUUUUGAGCACAAGUUAACUCAAUAAUUUACUCACUUGUGACAAGUGAGUUCAGUUGUCCCUGGGCCACCUUUUCGUUGCUGUUAAAUGGUUCUCUAAUUUAAUAGCUGCCUUCGUAGGUAUUUUUAAACCUUGAAGUUAUUUGGUAUGCGCAACUGUUUAUGAAGAUACUACUUAGUCUUCCUGAUAAAGUCUUAGGCAUCAGAUCCAGAUGCUUAAAGGAGAGAAUCAUGAAAUGUGUUAGCAUAAACCUUUUGUUUCACUUAAAACAUCAAUGUGCAUUCACUUCUCAGUCUUUUACUGUGGGCCACCACUUUGUAAAUGGAGUAAAGACUUGUGAACGAGCCCAAUUCUUGUGAUUCAGCUUCACUUUUACAGGUGGGUGCACCUCAUUGUUAAACAUCUGUAAUUACACUAACAACUACAACUGGAAUAAACAUCUUAGAGAACAAAGUAACUCUUGGUGAAUAUAUUAGUUAACAAGGACUGGGUGCUAGCUGCUGUGGGAAGUCAGUAUAUUUUCCAGAGGUGGGAGUGUAUGCUAGCUUCAUCUAAAUAAAGCACUGCAGGAAAAUGAAAUGUAGAAAGUGGAAGUCCUGAUAGUAUUGCCGUCCUUGUGCUCUUUACUGUUAGCCAUUUGCCGUGUAGCUGUGUUUUUAAGCUUGUGGUACUAUUUAGUUUAACUGUACACCUGCCCACCCUCCAUUUGUUCCUGCUGUAUUGUGUACUCAGUUGAGUUCACUUCCCAUUUAAAAAUUAAACCGCCUGGGCUUCUGGCCCAGAGGGAAAAAGGCCCUAGGGAGUUUGGAGACUAGCUGGAUUUUACUCAUAGUUCUAGCAGUGGUAUUUUAGGUGAGUGAUGAAACAUGUUGGGAACUGGAACAGGUGAGGACGCUUCCUUAACCAGUUUAGAGCAGCAGUGGCAGGAAAGCUUACCCGCUCUCUGAUUAGAAGCUUGGCUUCCAGACAAAUGUCACACAGGGUCUGAAGCAUUGAUGUUUGGGUCGAGCUGGCUUGGAUCACUUGGGUGUUGUUAGAACUCCUGUAGGCCCCACCUCAGACCCGAAUUCCUUUAACAAGAUCUGUAGGUGAUAUGUAUGCAUACUAAAGAGUAGAAGCGCUGACCGCAUCCUAGGUCAAAACAGAGAGGAGAGGGAAGGCAUAACGGGGAGACUUCUUUCAUAAGUUUAGUUUUAUGAAGUUCCUUCUGUGUGGUUUUUCUCAUUUCCUCAGCUACUGCCCAUGAAAACUUAGGUAGAUGUUAGGUGACUCUGGACCCACGCUACAUGUGGUUGUCCAGAAUAAGGUAGUGUCCCUGGCGGGCAUCUGUCUAUCCCAGUUUCAGGCUCGGGAACACUAGAUGCUGCUUGGAUGAAUGAAUGUUGUAGUCCUGCAACUACCCUUUGGGGUAGAGUUCUCAAACUGGGGCAGUGUUGCCCCUCCCCAUCCUGGGGUAUUUGGAUAUUUGUGGGGGUGGGCUUUUGGUUAUCACAGUAACCAGGGCUGCUAUGGGCUACUGGAGGUCAAGGGUAUCAAAUAGUCCGCCAUUCGGGACGAUCACAAAUGUGUGAUGUGCUAUGGGGGUAGUUACAGGGUGGUUACUGGUGACUUUAGCUACAUGAUGGGCUAGCUAGCCAGCUGUGCAAACGCUAGCAGGUCCCAGUCUGGUUGAGGAGCAGCAGGGAGACCACAGCCAGAGGGAGCGAGGGAAUAGUCAGGUCAGGCCUGUGCGGAGCCAGAUCGCAGAGCCUGCUAUUGGAGGCUCCAGCUGUUUGGCGAGACAGACUUUAGGAAGGGGAACUAGGGCAGAAAGGGAGGGACCACGUGGGCUGUUGUUCCAGGGUGCUGGCACGUCAUCCACAUCGGAUAGCCAAACGGACGGGAGAGAUCAAAAUCCAGCCAGGGAAGUGUAGUCACAGGAAAUCAUACAUGUGCAUAUGUUACUGUUUUGAGCUGUUAGGUAGAAAACGUGCCAGAUAACUUCAGUCAGAAGUGAUUGCAUGAGAAUCACAAGACUAAAGACAGUUUCUCCAUUGGAAAUGCUAAUUCACAAACAUGGCUCAUGUUACCUUCCGGCCUUUUUUUUUAAAAAAAAAAACAAAUUGAGAGGAAA